GGAGAGAGACUGAUGACAGACACAGCUAAGUGUGAUCACACUAAUCAACUCCACACAGGAGGAAAGGGAGACGAAGAAACCUCACAACUUCCAAAGAUCGCCAAUAAGGGACCAGAUAUAGUCAAGAAGUGCCCUACCCAGAUAUGUAGGAAUUAGGCCACAUCGCUCACUACCAUCCUGCUCUAAUCAAAGUGCCGAUUCUUGAAACAGACAGCUGUUGUCAUGUGCCUUCAUUCAAAUGGCUAUCUGUCCCUGGAGCUGCCCAAGUCCUUUGUUGGUCAGCUGAAGUAGUGGAGGGGACCAGAGUUAACAGUAUCUGCCAAUUCAAACUCCUGUUAGAGCAGAUCUCCUGUUCACACUGCAGAAUAUCCCACAGGCAAACUGACCAGGAGAUGUCAUCAGUGACUGCUGACGGCAAAUACUAUAACAGCCGCAGCGUCGAUGAGAAGCAGUAGUUGAACUCCAUUCUAACUGAAUGGAUUGGCAUGGGGAGAAGCGGACCUCAAAUCACGGCUAAGCGGCAGCUUUUGGACUGUGUAACGUUGACGAUGGUUUUUCUCUCGGUGUUAUUUCGACCAGCUCACUGCCAGCAGUGUCGAAUUCAGCGCUGUAAUGCAGAGUACGUAGCUUCUACCUCACCUUCCAGUGGUCUACAGGAAGAUGUGACCCAUGAUGUGGACUACUGCAUUGCUUUGAGGGCCUACGCUCAGUGCACUCGGCGUCAGGCACGCAGUUGCAGGGGAGACUUGGUGUACCAUUCAGCAGUCUUCCGCAUUAAAGAGCUGUUCACUCAACACAAUUGCUCCAGUGUUGGGCCCACUUCAUCUGCCAAGGUCCCCAGCACGUCCCGGCCAGCUGUGUCGGAGCUUUGCGACUAUGAGAAGCGAGCCCCAGUGUCAGGCUCGGCCAGUCAGCAAAAGAAAUAUGCCCACUGUGGAUUAUUCGGAGACCCUCACCUACGGACUUUCCGAGAUGAGUUUCAGACCUGCAAGGUGGAGGGGGCGUGGCCUCUGAUCGACAACCGCUUUCUGUCUGUGCAGGUGACCAACGUGCCUGUUGUCCUGGGCUCGAGUGCCACAGCCACCAGCAAAAUUACAGUUAUCUUCAAGUCCUAUCAAGGAUGUACAGAUCAGAAGGUGUACCAGGCUACGACAGAGGAUCUGCCUCUGGCUUUUCAAGAUGGGACUCGCAACGGCGGGCAGAGCAGCAGCUUGUCCAUCACAGAGCGAGGUGGCUCCGGAGUGGGCCGCCAGGUAAAGAUCCUGGCUCGCUACAUCGGCACAUCCAUUAUUAUUCGACGCGUAGGCAGUUAUUUGACCUUUGCCAUCAGAAUGCCAGAGGAGAACCUGGACUAUUCGGAGGACAGUGGUGGUCUGCAGCUUUGCCUGCACGGCUGUCCACGCAAUGAGCUCAUCAAAGAGCACAGGCUGGGCCGUCAGAGCCAGCAGCCCCGUCUUCAGGGCACCAACACAGAGCUGGGCCCUCUACGGCCUCCUCACCAAGUCUACACGGUGGAGCGAGCUACGGCCAAAUGUAGAGAGACCCUGCAGGUGGAGGACGUCUACUUUCAGUCCUGUGUUUUUGACUUGCUGACCACAGGAGAUCCAGAAUUUUCAAUGGCAGCCUACAGUGCACUGGAGGAUUUAAAAGCGCUGCCACCCAGCAAACUGAAACAGAACCCCAGGACUCCUGUUCCUUACAAUCGAGGAACGUCAAACACGGUGGAUAACAGACCGUUGCUGGCACUCCUACUCCUCGUUCUCUUGCUUCUGUGAAAUAAAAAUAAAAGAGGGUUGUUACAGAUUAACAUGGAGGCAAACAGAAUGUAGACGCGUGACCAUCUUGAGGAAUGAGUGAGUGGAGCUCACAUGUAUUUGUUUAAUUUUUUAUCAUUGAAUGGUUUUGUCAUUUGAAGGAUACAAUGCUCAAAUAUAACUUUUCCUGCGAUUGCCUUUUCUGUGCCCUCACACAUGGGUCACAUGUUUUUGAAGAAACAAACUGUGUAGUUGUGUGGUUUGAUCUGAUUUGUUUGCUUACUGUUAUUUGGUUUACAUUGUCUCUGAGAGGAGUUUAACCUCGAGAUGGGUGAACAGGAUGGAAUUGUUUUGAUUGUAAAUAUGUAAUUUUUUAGUGAGAGAAAUGUACAACAUCUAAACCAUUCUCGUUGAAAGAGGCUUCAUGUGGAAAAACAAAAAGAUCACUUCAAGAUCCUGUACAAUCAAACAAGACCAAUGGCACUUUCAGGUGUUUACAGAAAGUUUUGUGUAUUUUUAAAAAUCUCUUCGGAUACGAUAUUUGAGAACGUGCUAAGUACACAGCAUCCAACAACGGUGCAUAAAAACUACCUAUUCAUGAAAGUAAUGUCAGUAUAAUUCUCUCAACAGUUCUCAUCUUGUGUGAAACACUCCACUUCAAGCUGUCUUGCUUCCAGUUUUAGAGGCUUAAAGAAAACUCACAAAUCUUUAUAUAAUAAUAUAUUAAGAGAGUGUAUAUAUGUGUUUUAUAUUGUGUACAUUUGCCUGUGUAUAGUUGUUUUUAACUGUAAUAUGUUUUACAUACGCUAUGUAGGUUCUUUUGAAACAGUGUAAGAAAAGUAAACUAAUAUGUGUUGUGUUGUAUUUGUAAUUUUCUGUAUUAAAAGUGUUGGACAUUCU